UCUCGAAGAGUGUCCUUUAUUUUCUCUCUGUCAAGAAACUAAAGCUUCUUCUUUUCUAUUUUUUUUUCUCUGUAAACAAACAACGUACAAUGGCUUCUUCUUCAAUGUUGACGAAGGACAAAACAACAAAAUUGUUGUCGGUGAGAAACCGAAAAUGUUUCAAAAAACAACCCUCGCUCUCUUCCGUUUCAAAGAAGACAACAAAUCUUUCUUUGAGAGAACAGACCAUGUUUAAGAAAGCCUCCGAGCUUUUAAUCCUGUGCGAUAUCGAAGUCUGUGUUACAUACUACGGCCAUGAUGGAGAACUCAUCAAGACAUGGCCGGAAGAUCAAUCCAAGGUUAGAGACAUGGUGGAGAGAUUCAGCAAACUAAACGAUAGAGAGAGACGCAAGAAAAGCACAGACUUUUCUCUGUUUCUGAAUAAGAAGACCCUCAAAGACAAAAUGACAUCUUUAGAUAUCAAGGACAACAGAUUCUCUGAGAAAGUAUUGGAAAUGGAGGCUUCGUUAGAGAGUUCUCUACGGGUGUUACAAGAUAAGCUUCUUUGGUUACAGAACCAGACGGAACCCGAUCAGAACCCUGUGGUGUCUUCCGCCGGCUUCUUCACAACAGAUCCAUCAUUGAUGAGCGGUGUGUCAAAAACAGAGCAAGACCUAUCGACGCCAUCAUUGACUCAACAACAUCAGAGCAAAGUUUCAGUCUUUCUCUAUAACCAUGACAACGGUAGCUUCUGUCAACUCCCUGACUCUGACUCUGUUUCUAGCUUUGACCCAUCGAUGAGUACGGCUUCACUUGGGGCACAAGGACUUUGUCUAAGAAUUUACAACACGGAUCUUCCCAUGGUGUUUCCUCCUCAGAUUCAGAUUCAGACACAAACCCCACCACUUGUCCACUUUGAUCAGUUUGCGGGGUUGAAUAAUCAAAAUUCCGUCGUCUUUUGUUGA